CAUUUCUCAUCAUUCCUUACAUAAUGAAUGAAAUUAUACUCGCUUUAUAUCACUGUUACAUAUUAAAAGCGCAAGCAAGAGUGAUGACUGUUACACAUACACACUUGUGUGAUUGCUAUUCAGCUGAGUAAAUACAGAACAUUCACACAAUUUGCCUUGAGGUUCUGCAGUCUUCCACUCAUUACACAAAUAUUACGUUUAGGAGAAAACCAUUUUCCAAACAGUCUACGUGCUUAGUUUAAGAAGCAGAUCCAUAUCAGCAUAAUGCCUACUAUACUUGGAUACUUCAAUGCCUACAACAUUAACCAAAUAAAAAAUACCAUUCUUUACAUGGGAGAUGUGGAGACAAGUUGCAAAAAAUCCAUUUCUCGGUAUGAAACAACACUUGUAUAAUAUACAUUAACAACUGCCAUAAAAGAAAAACAGGUUACGCUUUGCAAAAGCUGGUCAACCUUUUGUGCUUCAAAUAGGAGAGAAGAGGUUCACCAUACCUGUCACAGUAUAAAGAUGCAGUCAGUGAUAGCUAUCGUUGGUACUGUGUGUUUGGCCUCAUGUUUCAGCAAUGUGCUUGCAAGUGACCGUAAUGUGGAGAAUAAAACUAUAGAAGGAAAUGGAAUAUCGGCGUUAAGUUCAAGCCAGUUGGAGGCUCAUUCGGGACGCAUUAUUAAUGGGAAAAAUGGCAAUAUCGCAACUUUUCCCUACAUAGUGCGUAUGCGUGUGAAUAACGUUGGUAUUUGUGGUGCUAGUAUUAUAACGUACACUCAUGUAUUCACCGCUGCUCACUGUCUGUACGACAAUCAGGAUCCUGCCUCGAUCACGUUGUACGGAGGCAGUGCAUCGCAGACCAUUGGUGGUGUCGUGUUUUUCGCUUGCAAAGUCAUAAUCCAUCCACAGUACGACCCCGAAACGCAGGAUUACGAUGCGGGGAUAGUUCAAAUAAAGAAGUCUUUUCAUGGAUACAAAAACAUUGCUCCAAUCGCUCUUCAAAAUACUGAACUUCCUAGCAAUACUUCCUGCUAUGUGAUUGGAUGGGGUUUGACUAAUUAUGAUGUAAAAAUUACUCCAGACAUUAUGCAGUAUGCAAUUCUGAAAGUAAUUUCCCCGCUGCAAUGUUCAGUCGCAUGGUCAAGUUAUGCUACUCCGCAAUUUAUUUGUGCCAAGCAUACCGUUAACGAAGAUGUAUGCAACGGUGAUAGUGGAGGUCCAUUUGUCUGUAACGGCAAGCUAACAGGUGCCACCUCCUAUAGUGGUCAAGGCUGCCGGGGCAAAAUGCCAUCAGCGUUUGUUAAAGUUACGGCUCCAGCCAUUCGUGAAUUCAUUCGUACCAAUGUUGGCAUUUAAGUUAUAAUAAACUGUAAAAGUAUAACAGAAAA